GGCUCUGUUUGCUCCCCAGUGACGCAGCACAUGAAAGCACUCCUGGAAAGGAACACUAAGAAGAAGUCCAAGUUGAGAAAGAAACCCAAGCCUUAUGUUGAGGAACCGGAUGGGGUGGCGAUAAGCACGUAUGCCAAGUACUGUUACCACAAGCUGCAGAAGGCGGCCCUGACUGGGGCCAAGAAGGGGCUGAAGAAGCCCAACGUGGAGGAGAUCCGGCAUGCCAAGAAUGCUGUGUUCAGCCCGUCCAUGUUUGGCAGUGCACUGCAGGAGGUCAUGAGCAUGCAGAAGGAGCGGUACCCAGAUCGGCAGCUGCCCUGGGUGCAGACACGUCUAUCUGAGGAGGUGCUAGCGCUCAACGGUGACCAGACAGAAGGCAUCUUCAGAGUCCCUGGGGACAUUGAUGAGGUGAACGCCUUGAAGCUGCAGGUAGACCAGUGGAAGGUGCCGACAGGCCUGGAGGACCCCCACGUCCCUGCUUCGCUGCUGAAGCUGUGGUACCGGGAGCUGGAGGAGCCCCUGAUCCCGCACGAGUUCUACGAGCAGUGCAUCGCGCACUACGAGAACCCCGAGGCCGCCGUGGCCGUGGUGCACGCGCUGCCCCGCAUCAACCGCCUGGUGCUGUGCUACCUCAUCCGCUUCCUUCAGGUGUUCGUGCAGCCCGCCAACGUGGCCAUCACCAAGAUGGACGUCAGCAACCUGGCCAUGGUGAUGGCGCCCAACUGCCUGCGCUGCCGAUCGGACGACCCGCGCGUCAUCUUCGAGAACACUCGCAAGGAGAUGUCGUUCCUACGCGUGCUCAUCCAGCACCUGGACACCAGCUUCAUGGAGGGCGUGCUAUAGCACGUGGGCCCCAAGGACCGAGGGCGGGGACAGAGCCAAGCUCGGGUGCGCCCGGGCAGGGGAGCACGCGGGGAGGGGGGAGGGAACGCCCCAGCCGCGGAGGCAGCAUGCCAGGCCCCGCCCAUGCCCGCUCCAGCCCUGGAAGCCCCCACCUCUCCCUCCCAGGCCCUUGGCCUGAGGACGCAGCCGGGGCAGAGGGCGAGUGGGAAGAGCGCCUCUGGGCCCCGUCCCACCCCGCCGCCUGGUGCCCAGUUCCUUGGGCACCGCCCCGCCCACCGCCGGCCGGCCAGCCCCGAGAAAGUGCCUUCUGUUUCCUGGAGCCAAGUGACACUGCCCCUCCCGGCCGGCCUGAGAGCACACGCCGCCCUCCCCCGGGGUGAGCUGCCUCGCUGGGGCUCCUGCGCUCAGCCAGGCCCUGGCCUGGCCCUUGCCCGGCUGCCCCUCUUUCCUCUGCCCCGCACUUGCCCUCGGUUUCCUUCCUGGCCUGUAGCCUUCAACACCCCGCACCCCCCACCCCCACCCCGCCACCUGUGGCCUCCAUCGUCGAGACCGCACGGGAGUUGGGGGCCCCAGGGCACUGGGCUGUCCAUCACCAGAGCAGGGCCCGGCAGGCUGUCUCUGGGUGGGGAGGGGCCCCCAAACCAAAGUCCUCUGGGGUGGGGGCAGGGUUGGGCAGGCAUUCUUGGGGCAGGGUGGGGGAGGGGCAAGAGUAUUUUUUCUUCGUGUAACUAUAAAUUCAGAUUCUAUCCAGCACACCAACCCGCCUGUGUAUAAAGAUAUAGAGGGAAAGAUACAAGAACUAAAUUUGCUAAUGACAUAGUUUUAACCCAAAUGCUAUUUAUCUCCGAGCCGUCCUAGCCUGUCCUCUGUGCAGAGCAAGUUGAUAUCACUCCAUCAUUUUCUUCCCCACUUUCUUGGCUUCUGACCAAAAACCAAACCCUGCCCCAUCCCCAUGUGGGACCUGCAGUUGAAGAGAGGGAAGGGACGCCAAGCUGGGGAACCAGGGAACGCCCAGGAUUCCUCAAGGCCAGAGCUGGGGAUAGGAGGUACCUAGACUCUCAGUUUGUACAUUUUCCAUUUUGGAAUUUUGAGUUCCAAUUGUUAAACUUAAUUUCUCCCCAGUUUAUAUAUAUAUAUAUAUAUAUUUUUUAGAGUUGAGUUUUUAUUUAUUAUUAAAAACAAAAAAGCCCAGCCCUGCCGCUGCCCGGGUGUCCGCUGAGGUAGCGUCCUCAGUCGGGUGGUCUCCGGGCCUGAAGUGGACGGCCCGGCCACAGACUCUCGCUCUGACGCAUGGACUCAAGAGGUGACAACACUUUGUGUGAAUAAAAUACAUAUGGACA